CUACAGUUGAGAGAUAUGAUCUGAUUAGACUUAGGUUUAAAAUAAAAACCCUCUCUCUUCGAGACCGUGCGUAGAAUACCGAAAGUAGUUUUCUCCUCAUUCCUGCCUAAGUAGAUAGAAAAAUCAAUCGGAGAAGAAGAAGAGCAAAAAGGAAGUCGUGAUAAUGGCCAACAACGCAGAUGUAGAAGCCGUUGAUUUCGAGCCUGAGGAUGACGAUCUAAUGGACGAAGGCGAAGUUGAAGCGGCUUCUCCUAGGGCUCCUCAGCCUAAGCUUAAAUCAGCUGUUAUUGGUGGUGGAGAAGGAGGUUCUUCUUCAUUCUCCGCACCAAAGAAGACUAAAGGUAGAGGAUUUCGUGAUGAGCGCACCGAAGCUGAGCGCACCAACCGAUUUGCUUCUAAAGAUUUCAAUUCUCUUGAUUCUGAUGGCGGUCCUGGUGCCCAAAGAUCCAUUGAAGGGUGGAUUAUUUUGGUUACUGGGGUACAUGAAGAAGCACAAGAGGAUGAUCUUCAAACUGCAUUUGGCGAGUUUGGUGAGAUUAAGAAUUUGCAUCUGAAUCUUGAUCGCCGUACUGGAUUUGUCAAGGGCUAUGCAUUAAUCGAGUAUGAAGAGUUUGAGGAGGCUCAAUCUGCAAUAUCCUCAAUGAAUGGGGUCGAGCUUCUAACCCAGUCCAUCUCAGUUGACUGGGCCUUCAGCACUGGACCCUCCAAGCGGAGGAACAUGAGGAGGAGAUCACCACGUGCGCACCGUUCUAGAAGUCCGAGGAGAAGGUACUGAACAGUACUAUGAUUUUUGGAUAGUGAAUUUCGAUUCACAUCCACCUGGAGUUGGGUGGACUGUUUUUUUUUAAUGAGCAAUUGGUUUUCAUUUUCUUUAGUGAUCUGAGUCUUAGUUUGUAACAUCUGUCACAUUUGUCUCUUAUGCUUGUGAUAUUUUCUUUGAGUGAUGAUUAUAUAAAAGCUGCAAUGUUGUAUCUGGAUUUAACACA